AUGAGUAGUCCAACAAACAAGAACACUACUAACACAUCGUUCGCAACCAAUGACAAUGACACAAUGAUAAAGCGUUCUGGUAGUUUUUCUUCGGCUGGUGGCAGUCAUGGCAAUCAUUUUCAUUCAUCAGGUGGAGCAACAUCUGUUCCAGAGUGCAUUUUGCAUACCGAGAAGGGAGCGGUCGCUUUGGAGGAAGGGAGUGAUGAAAAUCAAGCCAUCUCUUCCAGCCUCGCUUCUUCUGUUGCAAAGAAAGCCUUUGCUUUAAGCGUCACGGUUGCCGAUGCGGCUGGCAUACCAGCUGAACGGUUAGGACAAGGAGGAUUGAUCCAAUGCCCUUCGAUGCCCACCGAGGACGGCAGUCCUCCUGGACCCAAGAAACGGAAGCUUUCGGAUGCGUAUGGAAAACCUCGUUCGGCCAUAAAACAUUCCUCCUCCACUGAGCGUGUCUCUGCCAUCCCUGUCACGGCCCGGCACAAUGUUUUGCAAGAUUAUUGUCGACAAGAGCACUACACAGUCAUAUCAAUUCCUCUCAUGUCAAACCCUCCUUUCGGUGGCGACGAUGGAUUAAUCAGAGCCCAAAAGUUCGAAUCACACAAUACGGACUAUUCCUCUGGGGACGCGAUGGAGAUCAAUUUUCCAAACACCAGCGAGGGCAGGUUUUCGUGGAAGUACGGCUGUGAUAUAACUAGUGGUGAUGUAAUCCGCAAGAAGUUCUUACCACAAACCGACAGAAACAUUUCUUUUGAAGCAGUUGGCUCCAGCUUCGAAUACAAGAUCGGACAGAAGAUUGGGAUGGCAGUGUACCGGAACUAUGAAUUUGACUUCACCAGCCACGACAUAUAUGCGAACCAUGACUGGGACAAGAACAAAUUAUCGCAGGAUGACAUUUUACGAUUGUUUGGGAAAGAUUAUUCUGUUUCUAUCUACACAGGUGAAAUAACUGGUAUCUCUACCGACGGAGAGGUGUUCCGUCACGAUAUCAACACCUUCAGAGGCUGCUCCGGUGCCAUUGUGUUUCUUUUAGACAAAAACCAGGAUGGACUUGUGGAAGACCAAUAUUUUGGAAAAGCUAUUGGGGUUCACGCAGGCGCGCAUAAGACUAAGACGACGACAGACAAUACAAGAGCUAGAAGUGAAUCCAGCAAGGCAAAUUUCAACAUCGCGUUUGCCUUAGCAGGUUUUGCUGAUAAGGAAAAGUACAAGCCCCCACCAUCAGAGACCGAUGAAAAGUAA